UGGGCUGACAGGCGGUUCCCUUUGAAGGAGAUGCGCUUGGUUCGCGCAGGCGCGUCGAUCCGAGCCGGGGGGAGUUCAGGCGGUGGUGGCGGCGUUAGGCCGGGACCAUGGGGAAACGGGAUAAUCGAGUGGCCUUUGUUAAUCCAGUAGCUCUCGCAAGAGCUCGUGGUCCUGCUCCAUCGUCAGGACCAUCGAUACAGGAUUACUUAAGUCGACCAAGACCUACUUGGGAAGAAUUAAAAGAGCAGCUGGAAAAGAAGAAGAAAGGUUCUAAAACCCUUGCAGAUUUUGAAGAGAAAAUGAAUGAGAAAUGGAGAAGAGAGCUUGAGAAAAACAGGGAAAAGGUACUUGGAAGUGAAAGUUCAUCUAAAAAGAAGGAGAAAAAACGAAAGGAAAAGAAGAAAAGUAGGCCGUCUUCAUCUUCUUCCUCCUCAUCAUCAAGUUCUGAUUCUUCCAGCAGCUCUUCGGACACUGAUAGUGAGGAUGAAAAGAAACAUGUUAAAAAGAAACGGAAGAGAAAGCAUAGCACUGUGCGGAAACCCACAGACGACUUCCAAAUAGGUUGUGACGUCAAUAGUAAGGAAACCACAAAGAAAAAGAAAAAGAAAAUCAAAGAGGAAUCUGAAAAAGAACGAGAUAAAAAAAAGAAGAAACGGGAUCACACACCGCGAAGAACACCAGAGGAAUCUGGCUCUGCUGAAGAGAAUGAGUCAAGAAAAAAGAAAAAUAAUGAAGAGAAAGACAAAACUUCAGAGAAACUGAAGAAGAAGAAAAAGCACAAGAAACGUGGAAAAAAGAAAAAGGUUUUCAGUUCGGAUUUGGAGUCAGCAUGAGAUGAGAAUGAAAAAAAUAUUAAAGAACAGAACUUUAGGUCUUUGAAUCCUGCAGGCUGCAUGGUGCAGACUUUGAUGUGGGAUGCACUGGGACACUUCUUGCUGCAUGAUGUUCCAAACUGCUUGCAAUUGCAAACAUCUGUAACUUUAAAAGUUUUUAUUUAUGGAAAGUGAUAAACCACAAAUGCAUCUUUUUGUAGAGUCAAGAUUACCAAUUGUAAACAUUUUUGAUAGCCCCUUGUUAGCUUGUUUAAAGUGCGUGAGAUGUGUAUGAACCUUAAUAUAACAGAUAAUAUCCAAUUCAUUUGCAGUUCCAGUUUACUGUGGCUUUGGCUGACUAAAGGAACUGAUGCUUGUUCAUCUGUGCUAGAAUGUUAUUUUUGUAAAAUUUCACAAUUCUUUUAGAUCAACAGGCCUAAAUUUUCAGUUUGAAAUUUAUUUCUAAAUGGGAAGUAGUAUCACUGAUCUGAGAGUUUUAUAACUUUAUAAAAUAUGUAAAAUAAACCUGAAAA